AUGGGCGGUGGAGGGUCAGUCAUUAACAAGUACACAAAAGAUCUGUGGUCAAUCGUCGAUAAUAAUGCGUCGCAUCACACUUCGCCUGUUCGUGCGCAAAAACUGAUGCAAGAUGGUGGUGACAUUAAACGACCGAACAAAAAUGGUCAGUAUAUGAUUCAAAUAGUGAUGGAACAAGAAAAGCGGAAUCGUCUUGCCGGACUGAUUCAGCAGGCUGACGUUUGUCAACAGCUCGCAGACACACUAAAAGCGCACGCAUCAAAAUUGUUAGUCGAUGCACUGGACAGAGGAGAUAUUGGUGAAAUGAAAGUUUUAGUUCAGUGUUUCGGUGCCGAUCGUUGUCAAUGUGGUCAAUCAUUUGGUCCACUCGGUUUGAUCGGUCACGCUGUACGAAAACCGGAUUUAACAAUGGAAACAAUCGAGUUUCUUGUCGAAAACGAGACACAAAAUAAAUUCGCAAUCACACGGCAAGACACGCAAGGACAAACAGUAUUCACAUUGGCCAAAUGUCAACAGCAAAUUGUUGAUUAUUUGAAAGAAACCGAUGAUAAAGGAAAUACAGUGUUGUGCAAUGCCGUUUUAGCCAAUAAUUUGGAUUUAGUCAAGCAUUUAGUUGCCGCUCAAUCCAAUACACAGCAUACAAAUUUGUUGAAACAAAAACCGUUGAGCAUAGCUAAGAAUGCAGCACAGAAAAACCCAUUAAUAAUUGCCUUCCUAGAAAAUGAAGGUAUCAAUCGACGAUUACAAUCGCUGAUUAGAGAACGAAAAGCCGAUUUGACACAAAUGGAAGUUCAAGACUUGUUAAAACAAGGUGCCGAUAUAAACGUACUUGGACCGAAUAAUGACAGUCUGUUACAUUUAUUAGUGGCAAACAAUGGUACACCGGAAUUGAUUAGUGUAUUUGUCAAUAGUUUCAAUGCCGAUAUUGAAAUGAUGAACUUGAACGGACAUCGACCGAUUGAAGCUUGUAUUGUACAUGAUAAGGUCGAGCAACUAGAAGCAUUUUUUAAACUGACCAAAGUUGGAACUGAACAUUUUUCUAAUCAAAAGCUAAAUAAAUCGUUAUUGACAUUUGCAACAGAGCAGAAUACAUCGUCAAAAUCAAUUGUCAAAGCUGUACAAAAUGAACUGAAUCUACGUUUGUGGAAAUGUAUUUCAAUGGCAAACAAACAAGAGGCACAAAAUCCGCCGAUAAUGGCGGAAGCUAAAAGAUUGUGUGAUCUGGGAGCGCAACUUAAUUAUUUGCAUAUUGAAAUAGGUGACAGUGGUGGCGAAUACAAUCAAUGGUUUGUUCUUCAUCUGGCGUGUAAAAUUAGUAAUUUACAACUGGUUCGGUUUUUGAUCGAAACUUUGGAUGCAAACAAAGAGGGGGCACAACCAAUCUCGAUUACUGCUGAAUAUGGACAAAUGGAUAUUGUACAAUUCUUACGACUGUCAGGAUCGAAAGUCAAUGUCAUCUCGAAUAAAGACACAAAGGACACUCCAUUACAUUUAGCUGCAAAAAAUAAUCAUUUGCUCACCGUUCGAUAUCUGGUAUUGUGGGGAGCUGAUCAUGAAGCAAAAAAUGAUGCAAAUCAGACUCCAUUGGAUUUGGUAAGAAUAAAAAAAGCAAAGAUGACAAGAGAGGAUGAAGUCCAAAGUAAACAAUUGAUACAAUAUCUGGAACAAUUGAAUUGUCCAGACGUUGAAGAACGAGAACAACGUCGACCAAUGUCACCAAAAACAAUCGAUCCUGCCAUUGAUGUUUGCGAUAUUCCGUUGCCAGUCCUUGUUGAUCAAAUACAACCGCAUGACGUUCGGGAUGAAGAUCCAAAAGGUGAAAAAUCACUUGGCCUAUUCACUGGAGCACCAAAUGGAAACCUUCGGGCAGCGGCAAAAGAUGGCAACAUUGAUCUAGCGAAAGCGACCAUCGGUGAGGGGGCGGAUAUUCGACAUCGAGAAGGCAACGACAAGCGUUCUUGUUAA